GAGGAUGCCGUUUUUGGAAUGAAAGAGGAGGAGGAGGAGGACAUGACUGUCACAGGGAAAGGAGAGGAAGAAGCUUUCAGGGUGAAAGAGGAUGUUUUAGUGAAGGAAGACGAGGACCUUUUUCAAGUGAAAGAGGAGGAAGAAGUUUUGAGAGUGAAAGAGGAGGGGAAGGAAGAGAAGAUGACUGUCACAGUGAAAGAGGAGGAGGAGGAUGAAGAGGAGGAGACUGGAGAUCAGAUUAACACCAGAGAGAGACCAAACUCUCACUCUGACAGCGGGAAGAGUCCUUCAGGGGAACCAGACCUAGAGAUGCCCAAACCAGCGAGACCACACCAGUGUUCCCACUGUGCAAAGAGUUUUAAGUGGGUAUGUUACCUGAAAGAACAUGACAGAAUACACACAGGAGAAAAGCCUUUCCAAUGUUCCCAGUGUGGAAAGAGUUUUACCCAAUUAGGGAGCCUGAAAAUACAUGAGAGAAUGCACACGGGAGAGAAACCGUACCACUGUUCCCAGUGUGAAAAUACUUUUUUCUCGUCAGGGGACCUGCUAAAGCAUAAAAGAACACACUCUGUAGAGAGGACCUACCAAUGUUCCCAGUGUGAAAAGAGUUUUAUCCAAUUAGGGAACCUGAAAAGGCAUUCGAGAACACACACAGGGGAGAAGCCCUACUACUGUUCAGACUGUGGAAAGAUAUUUACCCAGCUAGGGAACCUAAAAAGGCAUGAGAGGACACACAAAGGUGAAAAACCUUUCCAAUGUUCCCACUGUGAAAAGAGUUUUACAGAGUUUGGGAGCAUGACAAGACAUGAGAGAAUACAUACAGGGGAGAAGCCUUACCACUGCUCCCAAUGUGAAAUGAGAUUUUCCUCAUCAUGGUGCCUAAAAUCACACAAGAGGACACACUUAGGAGAGAAGCUUUUCCAAUGCUCCCAGUGUGUAAAGAGUUAUACCCGGUUAGGGGACCUGAAAAGACAUGAGAGGACACACACAGGAUAAACGGAUAAACCUCAUCACUGCUCCCAGUGUUGCAAGAGUUUUAUCCAGUUAGGGAGCCUGAAAAUACAUAAGAGAAUACACUCUGGAGAGAAGCUUUACCACUGAUCCCACUGUGGAUUGAAAUUCACCUGGUUAAGGCAACUAAAAGAGCAUGUAAAUCCACACCUGGGAGAAACGUUAUCAAUGCUCCCAGUGUGGAAAGAGAUAUAUUAUAUGACACACAGUGCAUUUGUCUCAUAUUUUUGACUAAGAAUGUGUUUUUGUUUAUGCCACAAUAAAUCAUAUUGUAAAAAAGCAUAAAUAAAUGUGUAUGUUUUUUAUU